AUGGCCGCCACCUCGACGACCACUUCGACCAAACGGCUCAACAUCCUGGUCUAUUCCGGGAAUGGGACCACUGUGGAUUCUGUCCGCCAAUGUCUGUUUACACUUCGUCGCCUUUUGGCACCGAAUUAUGCUGUUAUACCCGUGACGGGUGAGAUGAUCAUCAAUGAGCCAUGGACGUCGAGCUGUGCUCUCUUUGUCAUGCCUGGUGGUGCCGAUCUGCCGUAUUGCAGGACCCUGAACGGCACUGGGAACCGGCGGAUUAGCCAGUUCGUUCAUCGAGGCGGCGCAUAUCUAGGAUUCUGCGCAGGCGGCUACUAUGGAAGUAAGCGUUGCGAGUUUGAAGUCGGAAAUGAGAAGCUCGAGGUUGUCGGUGAUAGGGAGUUGGCUUUCUAUCCCGGAAUCUGUCGCGGUUGUGCAUUUCCAGGGUUUGUCUACAAUAGCGAGGAUGGCGCCAGAGCUUCUGAGUUACAAGUGUCGAAAUCCUCGUUCCCUGACGAAAAGCAUAUCCCGCCCUCGUUCAAGUCCUACUAUAACGGUGGAGGCGUCUUCGUUGAUGCUCCAAAAUUCGCCCAUCAAGGCGUCGAGGUCCUUGCGGACUACACUGAAUCGCUCAAAGUCGAUUCGGGAGAAGGCCAUGCAGCAGUCGUUUAUUGCCGGGUCGGCGAAGGUGCUGCCCUAUUAACAGGACCACACCCAGAAUUUGCGGCGUCCAACUUGGAUAGAAACGCAGAUGGCCCGGAAUUCUGCCACGUCAUUGAUACUCUAGCUCAGAAUGAUGAAGCGAGAACCGAAUUCCUGCGAGCUUGUCUGAAGAAGCUUGGGCUCCAUGUGAACGAUGAAACAACAAGCGUACCUCCUCUUUCUCGAAUGCAUCUUUCUGCCCUGGAGCCACAUGCUGCUACGGACCUUGUCUCACUGCUUCGAGAUAUUAUCACGGUGGAAGAUGGGGAAGAGUACAUUAAAGAUGACAAUGACACCUUCCAUCUAGAAAAACCGUCUUCGCUGAGUAUGGACAAGGUUGCCGAAGCGCUCCCCGGCUCCAUCGGAGCAAAGGCUGACCAGGGCUCGACGGGUGAUAGAAUUGUCGACUAUGACAAGGUUAUAAAAAAGGUCGCUAUUCAUGAAGAUUAUCCCUCUCCGGUCGAAACCCCGCGAUUUAACCAUCAGACUUUCUACGGUAUGAUUAAGGAAUAUAGAUCGCAGUCGAGGGAACGUCUCUCGGAGUUCGGUUCCCACGUCUUAUAUGCGGAAGUUGUUACGAGUACGAACACUUUACUGGAAAAGAACACACAAAUCCUGCGAAGACUUCCAAACGGGUUUAUGGCAACGGCAAAUGUCCAAGUCGCUGGUCGCGGUCGUGGAUCCAACGUCUGGGUGUCUCCACCGGGACAGCUCAUGUUUUCAAUAUGCAUCCGUCAUCCAGUUGAGAAAUUCGCAAGUGCUCCGGUCGUUUUCAUCCAAUAUCUCGUCGCAAUGGCCAUCGUCAAAGGCAUCAAAACCUACGAUAAGGGAUACGAAAACAUGCCCGUGAAACUAAAAUGGCCAAACGACAUCUACGCUCUCGACCCCACCCAACCUGACAAAAUGACCUACACCAAAAUCGCCGGCAUCCUAGUCAACGCGCACUUCUCCUCCAAAGAAUACAUCGCCGUCGCCGGUGCCGGCAUCAACGCCCUCAACGCGCUCCCAACCACGUCUCUUAACGCCAUCCUCGCCACCCUCAACUCCUCUCUCCCCGCCAACAAACCCCGCCUCCCCCCGCUCUCCCUCGAGAAACUCCUCGCACGCAUCCUCACUACCCUGGAAGAGCUCUACACCCGCUUCCUUCGCACCGGCUUCGACCAGACCUUUGAAGAUAUGUACUACGCGGACUGGCUGCAUAUGGAUCAGAUAGUGACGCUGGAGGCUGAAGGGGGUGUGCGGGCGAGGAUCAAGGGGAUUACGAGGGAUUAUGGGUUGUUGGUGGCGGAGGAGUUAGGGUGGGAGGAUCGGCCGACGGGGAGAAGGUGGGAGCUGCAGAGUGAUAGUAAUAGCUUUGAUUUUUUCAAGGGGUUGGUGAAGAGGAAGAUUUAA